GUAAGAAGAAAGAGCCCGUAAUCACUGAGGCAGGAGACGAAAAUGAGGAGGAAAGAACGGAGUCUUCGUCCGUCUUAUAUGGGAAGAUGGAAGACCUGCUGGAUAAGAUGGGGAGGUACCAACGGAAGCUGGUGGGCCUCUGUGAGGRARUGAAGAGAUGGAAAUCUAGCAUCCCCAAGGUGUUCCUCUACGACUCCGGUCCGGAAUCAGCACCUGGGCGACCCGGAGUAAAUGUGGUGGGGUCAUGCCCACAAUCAGGAAUAAGGGGGAGACCCCUCACUCCGCAGGCACGGCUGGCACAGGCAGCGCGAACGAGAAAUCAAGCCAGAGUCAACGCCAGCCAAGGGCCUCCGAGUAGGGAGGCGGAGCCAGAAAAGGGAAAGGAGGCCGUCGAAGUAGAAGAUGAGGAUGAUGACGAUGAAGAGGAAGAGGACGAGAGGCUGCGUAGGGAGGAGGAUCAGAAAGCGGAGCAGCGGGCGAGGAAAAAAGGAACCAGGGGAGAGAUCGAGCCGGUCAUGCGCGAYGGACYGCCCAAAAGGAAGAAAUACGCGGUCCGGUUGGAAGAAGGAUUUGACGUGGAGAAAGUGAUUGACCGGCUGUUGGAAGGGCAUAAUGACCUCAUGACCCUGAAGGAAAUCCUAGCGUUAGCCCCGCGACUCCGCGAUGAACUGAAGGGGCAUGAUGGGAUGUUGAUCCUCCUCUUAUGUGAUCCUGCCUGCGGGAAUUAUGAAAUAAUUACUUGCAGGAACACCGGGCCAAGAAGUAUAAGGAACCGGCCCAAUCCAGGAUCAUUCACAAUCGAGGAAUCGGAAGGGGAGCGCAGGAGACUCUGGGCAGAGCCCGAAGCGGGAGAGAGGGUAGAAGCCUUUUCCCUCAGUCUGUCAGAUAUUGGGAAAGCCAUGGAUUUAGUGGCCGUGCAUGAGAUGGCAGAUCCGGAUGCCGUCCAGGCUUUGAGGGAGCAAGUUCUGGAAUGCCCCGAGGCAGGAAGAUUGAAAUUGGUAUAUCGGCUCCCAGGCAGUAGAGGGAACCCCGCAUCAGCGCAAAUACAAUCCGGAUUACCAGGACAGCCACCUGCGGCGGAGCCUCGCCAGGAGCCACCUAUGGGGAGAGCUAUCCUGGAGCCAGAGGAGGCGAGAACCCAAAGACAGGCAGAGAGAGAAGCGUUCGAGUUUAGAGCCCCUACUGAGCUUGCGACGCUGCCAGUAGCGGCGGCAGGCCCAGUCGUACCUUUGGCAGUAGARGAGGGGCUGCCACCAUCUGGCAGUGAGCCGGCUCAGGGCUCAGCAGAGGGAUCUAUGGGCGUGCUCCUUGAGGCGGUGCAUGAUAUGCAGGAGGAGGUGAGUUUGUUUUCACCUGAGCAGAGGAUGGAGGAGCCUCUUGAGAGAGAGCUGGGGAUUAAGGCGGAGGGUGCCGUAGAGAGCAGACUUCRGAGGUUGGGCACACCAGAGUAUGGGUCAGAGGAAAUUGAGGAGCAGCCCACGGCAGUGCCAGGAGGGACACUCGAGAGGAGACCUCAGAGGUUGGACACGCCUGAGUACGUCCCGGCAACAGAGGAAUUGAGAAGCAGACUAGGAUCUUGGGCUACUGGAUCUGGGUCUGGGGGACCGGUUCCUGGGRCGGAGCGACAGGAGGUUGUUAGUACCUUGGUAGGAUCUCCUUCAUCGCCAUCUCCUCAGCCCAGAAAAAGGAAGUUUAAGAGAAAAGUAGAUCAGCUAUGUUUCUACUGUAAGAGGAACGUGCAUCUGGCUUUGGACUGUCUCGAGUUUCUUGAGGAUAAGGCAGCAGGGAAAGUCUCAGAGGUAGGGGGUAAAAUGUAUGAUAGACAGGGUAAGAUAGUAGAGAAGUCCGCGGAUGGACUUAGGGCUCAGUUAUAUAGACAAAACCAGGAAGAAUUGAGGAGGUAGGAUCGGUCUUGUCUAUAUAAAUGAGCGAGUAUUUUGAGAGGCAUCAACUUGGGUUCUGUGUGAUACCUUUUUAGACUUAGAGGACAUUUUGAUGA